AGCUCGUGCUGGUCGCGUGAGGGUAUCAGACCGCGCGCGUGGCUUUUCUAUCUAGUCUCGUCUGCCGAGUUGACUGUGAAGCAGACGAAUAAAAAAAGCGUGGACAAUAGUGAAAAAUAAAAAUGACUAAAAGAAAUUUGAUGAAAUGGGAAAAUGCUAUAGUGGCUCACUGUUUUGUGUUUUAUAUCGAUAAAUUUGAUUGUGUGCUGAUUCAUUGAAAGGAUUUGGAUUUUAGUGAAAUUAUUCCAUUUCAGAGUGUCUGUAGGCAUUUGGAAUAUAAAAAGGAUUUUAGUGCGGAGCGCAUAUAAAACUGUACAAUAUUCUCUGUGUUGAUGACUAAUCUACAGGUUCGUCGAUUUUCACAAGGAGGUACCAUACCAAUCAACAGAAGAAAAGUGUAUCACAUAUUUAGGGAUUUACGACCAGUGUGGACAGAAUAGGGAUAUGACAGUAUGUUUAUUAUAAGGAGAACUUUGGGUAGAAAAGAUAUAGGACAGGCAUGGGAAUUAGGACUUGUCUAUGUAGUGCGCAUUCUCUGGUCUUCAUGCUCGGUUGUAUAGCAGCGGGAUUAAGUUUCGGUACAUCAUCUACAGUUGUUCUUGAUCUUCUUGAAAGCAUCAAUCGCACAGAGAAAGGCUUCACAGUAGUUCCAGGCCCAGACGCAUCACAGACAGCCCUAUUCCUUCAGGAUUCAACCAUAAAUUUUGAUCUCACAAGUAGAGCACUACGCGACGCCUUGAUGUUGUUCCGAAGCAGCAAUGACGUCACUAUCCUGGCAACCGUCAGACAGGAGGCUGGCGAUUCCGGGAGUAUCAUAACUUUUGCAAAUGGUCAAAUCAGGUACCUCGACGUGGAGAUCAGUGGCCCUAGAGACGAGAUUCGUCUUCACUACCUUCAUAGUAACCAGGGUCACGUAGCAACAUUCCCAUAUAGACUAGGAGACAACCAUUGGCACAGCCUGGCAUUAACAUUCACAGACACUCAUGUGACUCUGAGACUCAAUUGUAGCAAACUGUAUGAGCGUGUUAUUUUACCUCUAGACUUGAAACAUUUAGCUGACAGCGAGGCAAGGCUGGCCCUAGGCAGCAGAGACUGGUCUGACCAUUUCAGAAUUGCAAUUAGCGAAUUGAAAAUCGUCACAAACACGGGCGGGUCUAUCGACGGUUGCAGAAGUCCCCCGUCGUCUUUAAGAUCGUGCCCAUCCUGUGCAGAAUUCCAGAUUUCUCAAAGCCAAAGUAGCCUCCUGUAUUCCCAAUUCCAAGUUCUCCAUACCAUGGCUCUUCUCACCUACGAAGACCGCAUAUCCGGUCUUGAGCAGUGCCGUUGCAUGGAGAAGUGCGGUAGUCAAGUCAGCCAGCAACCAAUAUUAUUUCAAAAGGACCAGUGUACGAUUUGCGUGUGUCAGAAUGGGAGCAUUGAAUGUAGACAGACGCAGUGUCCGGCGCUCGACUGUGUGCCGUCCACGAUAGAGCCUGAUGAAUGCUGUCCGACUUGCUUUAAAAAACAAAAACAGUGUUAUUAUCAUGGCGUGUUUUAUCAGCAUGGCGCGCAGAUGAGCCCUAGACCAUGUCACACAUGCGUAUGCGAUGACGGUGUGAUGCAGUGUGACCGACAGGACCCUAUUACGUCUUGUCCAAAGCUUGGAUGCUCUGGAGACGAUGUUAUUUACGUGCAGGGCCAGUGUUGUCCAAUAUGCAGAGGAACAAACUUUUGUUCUGCUGGUCACAACUGUCACCCAAAUGCAACGUGCAUUAAUUUGGCUACACGGUCAACCUGUCAGUGCCGACGGGGUUUCCAAGGGAACGGAACCGUUUGUGAAGACAUAAACGAGUGUUUAGAAACCGGUGGUAAAGACGGCCACUAUUGCCACAGCGACCAAGUUUGCGAAAACACAAUGGGCUCCUACAAAUGUAAAUGUUCCACUGUUCAUAGCCAGCGCGAGGACCGCACGUGCCCCAGUUCUUUUAACGGACAGGAGGCCCUGUUUCAGAUUACGUGGUCCAGGAAAUUUACCAUUUCUGUGAUUUUAGUUUAUUUUUGUUUUGUGAAAUGUUGGAUCCUGAGAUGAUAAUGGACCGUUGUAAUUGUGUGUCUGUCUUGAAUAGACGUAAAUGUGUAAAUACCAAUACGUGCACAAGUAUGUACCAUCUGAAAAAAAACAGCUUAAAUUAGUGGUACGUGCGGUUAUGUCAUUCAUGAUAACAGCAAAAUCGCUUCAUUGUGUAUUACAACUGGUUUAAUGAUUUAAUAAAACAUGCUUAUUUUGCAUGUGUUGCAAAAUUAAAUUUACCAAAAAAAUGCGUGAUAUAUGUAAAGAUGAAACUUCCAGUGAUAAAAAAUAUGUCGUGUGUAAUUAAUGUUGAUCGGCCAAAGCAUGUUUGCCAUGCAUAUUUGCCAAAAAUAUUGUGCAUUGUUAAUCAGAUCUUUAAACAAUUAAAUAUGUAUGCAUUUGAGUAAGCCGAUUGUUUGUUGUCCGUUUUACAUUCUUGUUUUUAUAUUUGUAUAUUCUUAGAAAGUAUAUCUAAUUAAAUGUAUAAAGAUGAAUGUAACAAUCAUUUGUUAAUAAUGUAAUUUUUUAGUGCACAUGUGGUUAUUGUACAUAUAUAAUACCAAAACAUGAUUUAUUGUACAAAUUUUGUUUUUAUUUUAUUGCGUCUAUCAAAAUAUGUUGUUAACAUACAUUUACAUUAAGUAAUGUUUUCAUAUCGUGUCCUGCAAUAUCGUAGGCUUGCAUUCUUACACAUUCAUAAAUUAAAUAUUAUCAGAAUAUUCGUCUGAACAAUCAAUCGAGUAAUUUGUUCAUUUGGUCAUUGUUCCCGGUUAUUUUUAUUAUAUUCAUAAAAUGUUUAAAAAGAUAUUCGAACAUACAUCAACCAUUUUGUUGCAUUGAUGUUUUAGCGUAGAUCAUUUAUAAGAUAGGUUGUGUUUUCUUUUAACAUAUACAUACAUAUGAUCUUCAUGCACGAUAUACGUGUAUUAUUUCACGCACGAUAUACGUGUAUUAUUUCAUGCACGCUAUACGUGUAUUAUUUCAUGCACGCUAUACGUGUAUUAUUUCAUGCUCGAUAUACGUGUAUUAUUUCAUGCACGAUAUACGUGUAUUAUUUGAAGCCUGAUGAUUAACAAUAGUGUCAUUGUAUUCCUACAUUUAAACUGUUUUCCGAGUUACGAACAGCAAUCUGUUUGCCACCAAAAUAAUUUGACUACUUAAUUUUAAAGCAUACAUUCAUUUAACGUAACAUCAUAUUGUUGUCUCAAGACCAACCAAAAGCUCUUAAUCUCAUUAUAUCAUCAAGACAUUGGUUUUACCUAAUCACAAUACUUGGAUCCCAUACCACUGCGGGAUUCCCACAGCACAGGACAGUGUUUCGAUUAACUUUCUCGUGUUUGUUACGUGUUCAAGUUGUUCUUAAGUUAAAUUCUUUUAACACGAAGAUUAUUCAUCACUGCAUUUUUAAUGGAACGUGUUUAAUGUCACAAACGGAAUUUAUUGUAUGUGUUGUCAUCAUGAUAUAACAUGGAAUAAUAGGCAUAUUAAAUGUACGCAAUAUAGUGUUACUGUUGUACAGACAUAGUGUCGCUUAGUCAGCUAGAUUUGUGAUUCUAGUAGUUUGUACAAGGAGAAAAAUAACAUCCAUCAGCUCCAUCAGUAUUUUGCUCUUCGGCCAGUUAUUAUCGUGAUAGUUUUGCAAAUCUAUUUAUGUUUAAAACUUUCACUACUACCUCGGUAAAUUGUAUGUAUAUAUUAAGCCAAUAAAUCCUUAAUGUUUA